AUGAGGAGCGUAACGUUUCCCCAGAAGCUGCUUUUCAUAUUUUCCCUUUUCUUUCUGUGGACUGCUGCAAGCUUAGACCUGGGGCAGAAUUCUUGUACUACUCUUGUCCAAGGAAAAUUAUUUGGAUAUUUUUCUUCUUUGUCUGUUUUUCCAUUGAACUCUUCUCUGUGCUCUUGGGUUAUUCAAAACCCUGACCCAAGGAGAUAUACUUUGUACAUGAAGGUCUCCAAACCCCCAGGUAUAUGUGACUAUCAACAGAUCAGAACCUCACAAUUUGACUCUUUUCUGGAGUCCACACGUACCUACUUGGGGAUGGAGAGUUUUGAUGAUGUCUUGAAACUAUGUGACAGCUCAGUUCAGUAUGCCUUUCUGCAGUCCAAUAAACAGUUCCUUCAGAUGAGACAGGUCUUACCCAAGCAGGAAGAUGUCUUGUUGCAGUGGAAAACAGCCAAACCUAAGGAGACAGAUUUCUCUCUGGAAUAUCUGGUUUUGGCUAACAGGAAUCCUAACAAAGCUGUCUGCCAGAUGCUCUGCAAAUGGUUGGACACCUGUCUGAAAACCAGCAGUAGCUUCCACCCAUGUGGUAUCAUGCAAACCCCUUGUGCCUGUUCUGAUGGGGAGUGCCAGACUCACCCUAGUGAAAUUACUGGGUCAAAUAAGAAAACGGAUAACUGUAUUAAAAAUGGGAUAUACCUGGAAAACUGCAUAAGCAACUCAAAAGACAACGGGUUAGAUGGGGGUUGGAACGCAUGGACUUCUUGGGGAGACUGUAACCGAGAUUGUGGAGGUGGACUACAGACUCGGACAAGAACCUGUCAGUCGAUGCCCGAAGAAGGCCAUAUUUGUGAAGGAGUCCUGGAAGAAGGUCGACUUUGCAACAGAAAGGCAUGCAGCGCUAAUGGGCAUUAUGACUCUAGAAGCCAAUCACUGAGAUCUAUAGAUAACAAGAAAAAAGAAGACACGGACGACCAGUUUCAGUUUGGAUACCCUGCACCCCAAAUUGCUGGUGACCCAGCAGCGGAGGAGUGGUCGCCAUGGAGUGUCUGCUCUACCACCUGCGGGGAGGGUCUGAAGUCACGCACUAGAUUUUGCGUCUCCUCGUCGUACAGCACGCAUUGCAGUGGGCCCCUCAAGGAACACAAACAGUGCAACAACUCUGCUGUGUGUCCAGUGCACGGCACGUGGGAUGAGUGGUCGCCGUGGAGUUUGUGCUCCUCAACAUGCGGCCGAGGAUUCAGAGAAAGAACCCGUUCAUGCAACCCUCCUCAGUUUGGUGGGAAUCCAUGUGACGGACCAGAAAAACAGACUAAAUUCUGCAACAUUGCCUUGUGUCCAGUUGAUGGCAACUGGAAUGACUGGUCAAGCUGGACUGCCUGCUCUUCCAGCUGCUCCAAUGGAACCCAAAAGAGGACAAGAGAGUGUAAUGGGCCAUCUUACGGAGGGUCAGAAUGUCAUGGACAGUGGUCAGAUACCAGAGACUGCUUCUUAACACAGUGUCCAGUUGAUGGGAAGUGGCAGGCCUGGGGAGCGUGGGGUAGCUGCUCUUCCACAUGUGGUGGGGGUGUACAGAAAAGAGAGCGCACUUGUUAUGGUCCGUUUUUUGGAGGAGAAACCUGUCCAGGUCCCACCGAAGAAACCAAACAAUGCAACGAAAAAAAGUGCCCAGAACCACAUGAGAUUUGUUCUGAAGAAAAUUUUGCUUCAGUAUUUUGGCAAGAAACCCCAGCAGGGGAAACAGCUACAAUCAGAUGUCCUCGAAAUGCCACAGGGCUUAUUCUGAGAAAAUGUGUUUUGGAUGACGAGGGCGAUGCAUACUGGGAGAUUCCAACAUACAUCAAAUGUGUUUCCCUUGACUACAGAAAUAUUCAGCAGAUGGUCAAGGAACAUCUGGGUAAAGCUCAACGAGGCCUUAUUGGAGAAGGAGUUUCUAAUGUGAUACAGAACCUGGUGGAAAUCUCUCAAGAAGGGGCAAGUUAUAGCGGAGAUAUAUUAGCCAUUGUGGACACGCUACGAAACCUUACAGAAAUAUUUCGUAGAGCCUAUUAUAGCCCUACUACUGAUGAUGUUCAGAACUUUGUACAGAUCAUCAGCAACUUGCUGUCAGAAGAAAACCGUGACAAGUGGGAUGAAGCUCAGAUGAUGGGGUUAACCCUGAAGGAGCUUUUCAAGCUAGUGGAAGACUUCAUAGAAGUAAUUGGCUUUCGAAUGAAGGAUUUUAAGGAAUCGUAUCAAGUGACAGACAACCUGGUUCUUAGUAUCUACAAGCGCCCGGCUAACAGUGCUACGGACAUCAGUUUUCCAAUGAAAGGCUGGCGAGGGAUGGCUGACUGGGCGAGAAACUCAGAGGACAAAGUGUCUAUUUCCAAGAGUAUACUAUCAACUGGAAUCACAGAUACAGAUGACUCCUCUGUGUUCGUCAUUGGGACGGUGCUCUACAGGAACCUGGGGACCAUUUUCACUUUACAAAGGAAUACAACAAUUUUGAACUCUAAAGUCAUUUCUAUCACUGUCAAGCCAGCUCCGAGACCCAUUACCGUCCCUCUGGAUAUUGAAUUCUCCCACAUGUACAACGGGACAACCAAUCAGACAUGUAUCACCUGGGAUGAAACUGACACAUCCUUUAAUCUCGGUGCCUGGUCUUUCAAAGGCUGUCGUACAGUCCCCGUGGAUUCAUUUCAUACUAAAUGUUCCUGUGAUCGUCUCUCAAGCUUCGCCAUUUUAGCCCAGCUUAGUACAGACAUGAAUUUGGAAAAAGUUCUCGUCCCUUCUGUCACACUGAUUGUCGGCUGUGGGGUUUCUUCACUUACGUUAUUGCUUCUGAUAAUCAUUUAUGUCUCUGUAUGGAGAUAUAUCCGUUCUGAACGAUCGGUCAUACUGAUCAAUUUCUGCUUGUCCAUUAUCUCGUCAAAUGCCUUAAUUCUUAUUGGUCAAACGCAGACUCGAAAUAAGGUGAUAUGUACGCUUGUAGCCGCUUUCCUUCAUUUCUUCUUUCUGUCAUCGUUUUGCUGGGUCUUGACGGAGGCAUGGCAGUCCUACAUGGCAGUGACGGGCCGUCUUCGAAACCGCAUUAUCCGCAAGCGAUUCCUCUGUCUUGGAUGGGGACUUCCUGCCCUAGUUGUGGCUAUAUCGGUUGGCUUUACUAAAGCGAAGGGGUACGGAUCCGCUAGUUACUGUUGGCUGUCGCUGGAAGGAGGACUCCUGUACGCAUUUGUGGGACCUGCUGCGGCUGUAGUUUUGGUCAACAUGGUUAUUGGAAUUCUGGUGUUCAAUAAACUUGUGUCCAAAGAUGGAAUAACAGAUAAAAAACUGAAGGAACGGGCUGGUAUUUUUGAUUUUAAUUGCAGUCAGAUGACAAUGCCUCUAUACGGCAUGACGCUCAAAUGUUCCAAGUGUGGAGUAGUAUCUUCAGCAGAAGUAUCCGCCACCGCCACCAGUAAUGCCAUUGGUCUACAGUUGGAUAGUUCAAACAGGGGAAAACCAGUAGCUGAAGUGCGUAAUUUGACUAAUCGGUGCAGAAGGGCCUCUUUAUGGAGUUCCUGCGUUGUUUUACCGCUGCUGGCUCUUACAUGGAUGUCUGCAGUGCUGGCAAUUACAGACAGGCGUUCAGCCCUUUUCCAAAUCCUGUUUGCAGUCUUCGAUUCCUUGGAAGGUUUUGUCAUAGUCAUGGUGCAUUGCAUUCUACGAAGAGAGGUGCAAGAUGCUGUGAAGUGUCGGGUUGUUGACCGCCAAGAAGAAGGAAAUGGGGACUCCGGAGGCUCAUUUCAGAAUGGCCAUGCACAAUUAAUGCUAGAGGAAGCGAAUAACCCAUACAUCUGCACCGCCAUGGUGGGACUCAAGGACAAAAAAGCAUCGAGUGAGUUUGAAAAAGAUGUUGAUUUGGCAUGCAGAUCGGCCAUGAAUAAGGACGUCUCAUCUUGUAGAACAUCAACCAUCACAGGGACAUUAAAAAGGCCAUCUCUGCAGGAUGAAGAAAAAAUGAAGAUGAACCAUCAGAAAGGAUCUAACUUUAAUAGUCUUCCAUCCAAUGUGUCUAAAAUGCAUCUUCAAGGAUCUCCCCAUUAUUUAGGAGGCAUCAACCUUAACGAGUUCAAUAAUCACACUCUCACGUUAAAGAAGGACAAAUCACAGCCAUCUAAACCUAUUUAUAUGUGUGAUGGAGAUAUCUUCAAAAAACUUGAUUCUGAGCUUACCAGAGCUCAGGAGCAAUCAAUGGACACAAGUUAUGUCAUCUUGCCCAGUAACACUUCUACCUUGAGAGCAAAGCCAAAAGAGGAAAGCAAAUAUAGCAUGAACAUUGAUCAGAUGCCUCAGACAAGGCUCAUACAUCUCAGUAUGGCAGAUCCCAGCUAUAUGAUUAAAAGUCCACCUAGAGAACGGAUUGUUAUGAAGUGUUCUGAACAGGCGUCACCAAUGCACAAGCAACAGAUACAUCCUAGCGAGGCACAGCUUCCGCUUGGUCUUUGUGAUAAAGGGGAUUUAGGGAUAUCUGGUAUUGUGUCAAAGGGCGAAAACAUCUCCACACUUUCCAUGAGCUCCUUGGAGCGAAGAAAAUCCCGGUAUGCAGAGUUAGACUUUGAGAAAAUUAUGCACACCAGGAAGCGUCACCAAGACAUGUUUCAGGACUUGAACAGAAAGCUUCAACAUGCAGAAAAAGAAAAAGAGUCUCCUACAGCAGAGAGCAAGUUAGAAAAGCAACAGACACCAAACAAGAGGCCAUGGGAAGGAAUGAGAAAAAUCCAGUCCCCACCAUCAUGGGUUAAAAAGGACGUGGAGUCUUUGUCCUCAUCUCCCUUAGAACUAAAGACUGUGGAAUGGGAGAAAACAGGAGCAACGAUACCUCUAGUGGGACAAGACAUAAUUGAUCUUCAGACUGAAGUCUGAGAAUAUAAAAUAAAGACUUGUUUUUAUUUUUAAAGAAUAUGAUUCCAUAUAAAAAGGAGAGGUUUGGUUUCUUUUGAAACCUUGAUAAAGUACUUUUACAUUGUUCUCAGAAGGAAUAUUAUGUUAGACUCUUAGAUGUAGGUGCAAUAUGACCUUCCACAGGUGAGGCUGAAGAACAAUUUUAAGUGGUAGAAAUUAUGGAUCAGUGGAUGGAAACCAACUUCUGGCAAGUUACAUUCAUUGAAACAGAAUGACCAAAAGAUGACAUUGAGCAGGAGAAAUCAGUGUUUGGCAGACAAUUAUUCUAAUUACUUCUUUACAAAUAAUACUCAAGAAAAAAAAUAGUUUCAGUUAGAAAUUAACAGCUAUUAUAUAGUACUUUGGUGUAUUAUAUAAGAUUACUGGGCCCAGUAGAUUAAACUUUUAGCAUUGUAACAUUUUGCUCAUUGUUUCCAUGAAAUACAUUAAGGUUGUACCACUGGAGUCCAUCAGAGCUGGUCCAAAACACCAGCAAUCAUUAAGCAGGGUUGAGGUAUCUCACCUCUUAGUGUGACCAGGUAAAAACAAUGCAAAUGUUCCAGCUAGACAAGGUUUUGUUGAAGGUUAUACAUGGAAAGGGAGUCUUAGACUGUUAUGAUGAGAAUGUAAGAGUACGUUCAGAUUAUUUUAUCGCCACCUUCUGCUUCGUUUAGCAGAAGAACUGUCAUAAAAAAAUUGUUAUCUACAAAAAAUGUUAAUAUAGUUUUGUAUUAAGACUUGUGGGACUUGAUGGACUGCCUGAAAACGUAAGCUAUGAAGAUGAAAUAAAGUGUUCUAAACCAGAGGA